AUGGCCACACAAGUACUGACGGAGCCGCAAUCGGUCGAGCUCCAGCCCGUCAAGGCCAAUGGCGGCCCGGCGGAAGCUGAAGCACUCUCGGAGCCGUCCAGUGGCUCUCCGCCCGCGACUCCAUGUCCUCCAGCAGACGACGCCAAACCGGCCAUCGUCCACUCCAAGUGGCGAGCCACGCUCGUUGUUGCGCAGCUGCUGGGCCUGAACCUCUUCAGCAGCUUCUGCAACGGCGUCGUUGUUGUCGGCCUGCCGGCAAUGGCGGCCUCUCUGCACAUUGACGAGGGGCUGCUUGUCUGGCCGACCUCGGUCUUCUACCUGACGGCAGGGUCGUGUCUGUUGCUGGCCGGCUCCAUCGCCGACGUCGUCGGCACCAAGACGAUGAGCCUGGUAGGCGCCUUCACUGCUGCCGUCUCCGCCAUGGCCUGCGGUCUGGCCCAAAGCAGCGGCCAGUUGAUUGCCUUUCGCGCUCUGCAGGGCAUCACAAACGCCAUCAUCGUGCCCUCGUCCGUCUCCAUCGUCUCGACCGGCUUGAGGGAGGGGAGGCCGCGCAACCUGGGCUUUGCGUGCCUGGGCUUUGCUGGCCCGAUUGGCUUCUCGCUUGGUCUGGUUCUGGGCGGUGUCUUUGCUGACAGCACGGGCUGGAGGGCCGCCUUCUAUCUUGCCGCAGCCACCACUUUCGCUUUGUUCUUGGCCGGUAUCUGGGUGUUGCCGAAGAACGCUGUCCGCCCCGGCGGAAAAUCGAUCUGGUCCCGGAUCCCGGCGGAAAUUGACAUCGUCGGGGCAAUCAUCGGGACCGCAAGCUUGGUCAUGCUGUCCUAUGUUCUCGCAGUCUUAUCCGCCGACAUCCACAGUAUUCACAAGGCAUCCACCAUUGCCCUGCUGGUUGUCAGUGUUGUCUUGAUCCCUGCGUUCAUAGGAUGGAUGCAGUACCAGGAAAAGCACCAGCGCAAUGCGCUCAUCCCCAACUCACUGUGGAAAAACUGGGUGUUUACAAGCUGUUGCCUGAUGGUGCUCUUCACCACGGCUGUAUGCAACUGCAUGGAGCUGUACAGCAGUCUGUUCUUCCAGAAAGUCCAGCGUCAUUCCGCACUGCACGCUUCACUGCAGAUUCUCCCGUCGCUCAUUUCUGGAGCAUUGACCAACAUCUCGACCGGCAUUUUUGUGAAUCGUAUGCCAGUCAUGUGGUCUGUACUCAUCUCCUCGACCAUCAGCGCAGUCGCACCGCUUCUCAUGGCCCUCAUCCAUCCCGAAUGGCCUUAUUGGUACGAUGCUUUCUUCGCCCAGAUUUUGACUCCAUUGAGCUGCGACAUCCUCUUCACCGUUGGCCUCCUCGUCGUGUCUGACGUCUUUCCCCCACACAUGCAGGCCUUGAGCGGAGCUGUCUUCAACACCUGUGCGCAGCUGGGUACAGCUAUUGGCCUGACCGUUACCUCGCUCAUUGCCACCUCUGUGACCAAUUCAUCUUCUGACGCGGAUAAAGAGUCGCCCGACGCCCUUAUGGAUGGGUAUCGCGCCGUCUUCUGGACCAUGUUCGCCGCCAUGGCAUUGACUUGUGUGCUGAGUGUGCUUGGAUUACGGACCGUCAAGCAGUUGGGGGUGAAGAGGGAUUGAGUGAGUGUAGACAGGCUUCGUUGCCUGUAAGACUAUAGUCUUGAAUAUAGAACCG